AUAGUAUUCUCAAUGGCGGGUUGCGAUGUAAACAAUGUGUAUUUAUGACGACUCAGUUACUGACGAUUGUACGUGAACACGACAGUGGUGAUGACGUUGCGAAACUUUAAAUAGCUGUGAAAUGCUGCUAUAAAGCCAACGUUUACUGACAUAACUAAUUGAUAAAGCAUGAACAUUGAGGUUGUAGGAAGGAUCCGGCCAUCCAUUGUAGGUGAGGGUUCUCAAAACCUGAACAUCGAGGGGUCACAGAGGGUGUCGGCUCUCACAGGACAUUUCUUUAACUUCAAAAUCCUCCACCAGCAGAAUGCUGACACCUACGAGGUUUUCCAUGAGUCUGCCGAGUUUCUUCUUGACAUGUUUAUGUCUGGAAUCAACGUUUGUCUUCUCAUCACUGGUGAGAGUGGAUCGGGCAAGUCAUACACCAUGGGUGGAGAAGGUGUCGUCAAGGCUGGAAUUGUACACAUGAUAUUUGAUUACCUGUUUGCCAAACUCAUGGAGGGGAGAUACAUGUCCCAGACAAGAGGGAAUCAUCAGAACCCAAGGGUCUCACUCCAGAUGUUUGAAGUGUACAAUGAGAUGGUGAAAAAUCUGCUGGAAGUUCCUCGAGGUCACUUGGCAUACGGGGACAUAACUGAGACAGUCGAUAACGGAAUUCAUGUCAAAAACAGCUCUCCGACCGUCAUAAAAGAUGCCCAGACAGCAAACUCUCUGUUUCGGGCCGCCUGGGGCCGCAGAACGGAAGCAACCACAGACUUUGGACCAGCCCAGCACAAUGCGGCCAUCUUGCUCAAUAUUGAUCUCAGUCUGAAGGUUGGUGAAAGCCCGACGCCCAGCAAGUGUCGGUUCACGGUUGUAGAGCUACCCGGACUAGAGAAACUCGCAGAGGACCCGGAGCGGAUCCGACAGAAGGAGGGAGCCUCACUGAGUCGCGGUCUGACAUCACUCAACAGGGUGGUCACGUCCCUUUCUAGCAACCCCUUCCCAGACAGAGUUAUCAACUACGGUGAUUCCCGUUUGACUCAGUUACUGAGAGAAGAACUUGGAGGGAACUGUAAGACUCGGGCUAUUGUCUGUCUCAAACCACACACUGAACCAGAAAUACUUGCCGAAGUUCUCAAAUUUUCAACCAGUCUUUCCCUCGUCAACAACUUCCCAAUUGUCAAUGAUAUAUUUGCUCAGGGUCUCCUGAUCCAGCACCGAGCUAAAACCAUAGAUCUGCAGCACCAGCUUGGGAUCGGCCCCACCACCAUGGCAGCCUCCUCAGUGGCGUCACAUCUUGGCAAUGCCCAUGAGGAAAUCAAGAGACUGCAAACAGAAAAUCUGGUGCUGAAGGACCAGAAUGAGCGGCUACAGAUCCGCCUGGACAGUAUUCAGAACAAGUUCAGCACACUGUCCAACACCAAGACCGACCUCUCACAGCAGCUGCUACUCAGCGAGGAGGAGAAACUCAAGAUCUCCCAGAGUCUUGUUGAGAUGCAGAUUGACAACAACAAGAUCAGAGAAGAAGCAGAGGCCACGAAAUUUGAACUCACCAACAAGAUAAUCAUGACGGAGAACUCGUUGAUGGAGGCGGAGGCUGAGAAGGAGAAAGCUCAGAAGGCAAUGAAGGGCUGUCAAGAGAGGCUGACCGAGAUGGAGCGAGACAGGAAGGAACUGGCCGACGAAUACGUCGUUCUCAAGACUAAUUACCUCGCUCUGACUAACGAACAUAAAAAAGAACUGAAUCGUAAUGAAGAGCUGUGUAUGGAACUGCUGAACCUGGUGAAUGCCAAAGCGACGUUGAUGAGACAGGUUCUCAUCCUCACUAACGGGGAUCCGAAGAUUGGCGAUCCCAGCGCCGAGAUCAGCCGAAUCAAAGCCAUCGUCACAAAAUACUCAUCUGGGAAAGUCAAGGUUGAUCAAAUUGUUGCAAAUCAAAAAGACCGAGAUAAUGUUGAAGAAGCACUAUUUGCCAACAGGCGUCGUCAUGAGAGUGAGUUGGAGCGAAUUCGUCUGGAAUACGGAGACCAAUCGAGUCGAUAUGAAAAUCGACUAACUGGUUUGAUUAAAGAAUUGCAGGAUUGUCGGAAUAUUAGUCGCGAUCGACAGCACAAGAUAUCGGAACUUAAUGCAAAACUAAUCACACUUCGUGGAGAAAGAGAACAGUUAACGACUCAGUUGAAUCGACUCCAGCACAAGGUAAAAGACCUGGGAGAGGAUUUCCGCACCAGACUCGUCAAGUAUGUGGAGGAUAUCUCGGACUUUGUUGACAAGGGUAGCGGUGUUCCCGGCCAGCCCCAGGAGACGCGGAUGCGGGAGUACAUCGACAGCAUGCUGAAGGAUAUCCGACGAUCACACCGCGAGCGAGAAGAGCAACUCAGUCAGGCGGCUCAGUGUUUUAAGAAACGCCUUCAGACCAUGGUGCAUGAUUACGAGGCUCUCAUUAUAGCAUACAGGAAUCUGCGCCAGACAUGUGAGGCGCGAGGGAUGACAGACAUUGACCUGGGACCGGAUGAAUACACCCUCAAACUGUCAGACUCCGAACUGUCGUCGUCACAUCUGAAGGAGGUCAGUCGACUGAACGCCGAACUGGCACGCACCCGGGGAGAUGUAGACAGCAUCAAACUGAGGUAUGGACUCUUUGGGGACAAGGCUGAUUUUACAGAUCCCAGACUGGGUGACAAGGCAGACAGUUGGGGCUAUCUGCGGAAACAGAUGAGAGAAUUUACAUUGAACACACAGCAGCAUCUGGAGGACGAACGUGCUCAGCUCCUCAGUGAAAACCAGAUGUUGAGAGAACAGCUAAGAGAGAGCCAGGAGUACAUCGAUAGCCACCUCGCUAGGUACAAGCAGGAGAUCACGCGUCUGCGCAAGCUGCUGGGUCUACAACAGGAGGAGCUCAUUCUCACCGAGAGACAGGUUCUCAAAAACAGGACACGGCGCCAGUAACCCACCGCUUCACACCACAGACCGUUGUCUUAGUGGUGGUGCCCCAAUCAGCAUAAUACAGCAGUAUCAUUUCAGUGGAUUAAUAACGGUCAAAAACAGAAUGCAAUUAGUUUGAGACUAUAUAUGCUCAUUGAAACUGAAAAUGUUUUAAUUUAUGACUUUAUCUAUAUUUUUAUCAUUGUCAUAUAUUAACAAGAAUGGCAAUGGAAAAGUGUAAAAUAUUACAAUAAAAAACAACCAUGUCUUUAUCUCAAAUGUUUUUAAUUUCGAGAUACCUUUUUAAAAAGUUUACAUUUGUGUCUUAUCGAGAAAGGUUUGUAUGUAGCUAACAACUAAUAUAUGAGAUGUGAUUUGAAGUCUAUUAUGGAGGACACGGUGCCAAUGAACACAUAAUUAUGUGAUGCGAUAUGAAGUGCUAUGUUGACAUACAUUAAAAAUCAUCAGAUAACACAUUUUUUGUUUAUUUCUACAUAUUUCAUAUGACAUUUAUGUACAACACAAUGGACCAAAUUUGCACAGCCUACUUAUUGUCAUCUGUAUAAUCCUACACUCUGUGUUUCAAUUAAAUUUGGUUUAUUGAAUAUUACCAAACAAUCUGGUGCCAGCAUAUAAAGAUAAGAAAUAUAUAUAACAUAACAAUAAUAACAACAACAACAACUCUAAUAAUAACAAUAUGGAUUUACAGACAAGACAGAGACAUAAUCAUCACCAUUAUUGUUUGACAUAAUAAAUAUAACUUUUAAAUUGUAGUAUAAAACUUAGAAUACGUAAAAACCAAUAUAUGUUGUACUUUGAAUUUGGUUUAAACAGAAGUGACUGUAUUUUGACAUUUUGUGAGAAGUAAACUUGUGAUAUCAUGAGCCAAGCUGUGAUAGACGUAAUGGUUAAAACCACAUUGUCAGUUUGUAAUUUUGUUACAUUGUGUGAAGUACAUAUUAUAUAAUGUUGUAUUAUAAGCCUGUGAUAGACCACAUUGUAAUUUGUAAUUCUGUACAACAUAUAAUAUAAUGUUGUAUUAUGAGCCUGUGAUAGACCACACUGUAAUUUGUAAUUCUGUACAACAUAUUAUAUAAUGUUGUAUUAUGAGCCUGUGAUAGACCAUAUUGUCAGUUUGUUUUUUAAUCAGUUUGCCCAUUUGUGAUUUCAAAAAUGUUUUGUCCAGUGUCAUAUUAUAACUGUACUGGCCAUUUAGUUUUAAAUGGAUCUUUUGAACCAUCAAGGCCAUGGUUUAUAAAUUGUGUUUUGUAUUG